GCAGCUUAUUAGAGCAAAACUCUUCAGCUGUUUUACUGGACUACUACUGGAAUACGGGACUUGCAUACUACAAAACAAUGCAUUUGAGGAUUAUUUUCCCAGUUCUGACCAUGCUGACAUCUGGAUUUUUUGACUUUGGUGCUCCAGCAUCUUUGGGUCCAGGCACAGCACCAGCACGUCACUCCAGGAAUAAGAGAUGCUCCUGCGCAAGUUUUCUGGAUAAAGAGUGCGUCUACUUUUGCCACCUGGACAUAAUAUGGGUGAACACACCAGAGCGAACGGUGUCAUAUGGACUUGGAAACGCUCCACGCAAGAAGCGCUCGGUCACAGAACCUGUUGUGCUCGAGUCACGCUGCAAAUGUGCAGAUAGUCAAGACAAAACAUGCUCUUCAUUCUGCCAAGCGGACAGUGCGUUACAGUUUAAAGCAGCGUCAGACAGGGCGAUCCGCGCCGCCCAGGGCCACGAUUGUGCUGGGAAGCAAUGCAAACACACGCUGGCAGAAACACAGACAAAGAUUAGAAGGGUGAGAACCACAAAACAAACUGAUGUUCUCUCUGGAAAGAAGAAGAUCCAGCUUCUCCUGGAAAAAUGGAGAAUGAGGCGAAACCACAGAAGCCAAGCGUGGAUUUCUGAAAACUCAUAGAAGAGUCCAAUGCGGGAGUUACCUGGACAAGAAGCUCAUUCACUGCACACGUCAUGCAUUUCAGGGCGUCAUCAGGUGUGCUGGAAUACCUCCCUCAAGUGGUUUCUAGGAAGAAGAAGGAGAUUGUUGACUGAAACGAACCAAACCUCAAGUUAAAAUAAAGACUAACCUCUUCCAACUGGAAACUUUGUGCACAUGGGAUAAAUCCCUCUCCAUCCUUUAUACGGGACGUUUAAGGCUUUUGCAUUGAAGAUACUUUUGUUGCACAGGAGGAAUACAGUAUGAUCCAAUUAAUGACAAUCUGCAAUCAGGGACUCUAGAUAAAGCCAAAGCCAUGUGCGAUUGCCUUCAUCCAAACCAAAGACUCUGGUGGAAGAUGCACUGUAAAACAAUGAAGCUCUGCAAUGCCUCCAUGUUUCACAUUUAUGUUAAAUAUUUAUUUUUAUUAAGCCAUAUUGGCUAAUGAGUGAUAUUUCUAUGAAAUGAUAUUUUUAAUCGCCAUUUCUGUGGUCACCAUUGUUAAGUAAUAAUAAAUAUUUUUGCAUUAUUUAAACAA